CGUAAUUUUAUGAAUGAAUUCAGUCAUACAUUCCAUUGAUAAAAUGUAAACAAACAAACGAGCGUAAAAAUUUAAAAGGAAUUCCCUUUGGAGUGUUUUCGUAUUAGUUUUUGUUCAUUAAAUCGUGUAUUUUGCAAGGAAUUGUUCUUUGUUAUUUUUUAUAAUAAAAUUCAUCGCAAUAAAAUUCAAUUUUUAUGCGCCAUUGAGAGAUGUUGAUGGUCACACGGAUGACUUCCGUGACUUCCCAGCGACUUCUCACUUUGCAUUGCGUUUUAGCCUUCACGGUGGGUGAAAGAGAGAGAGUGAGGAGGUGAUAAAAGUUGAGCAGCUGUCAGGGACUUGCCAUCUGUGACACAUCUCCCCACACGUACUUAUCUCUCUGCAUUUUAAUAUUGUAUUUUUGUUGCCCUAAAAUCCCAUUUGGGGCACUUGAGGAUUCCCCAAAAUACUGUUUUAGGCAUUCAGGGAAUGGUGUGUGUGCAAUACAAUGCUGAGGAAUACUAUUAACCAGAAAAGCCCCAAAAGUACCCCAAUUACCGAUGACUACGAAAUCUCUUCCCGGAUCCUGGGACUUGGACUCAAUGGGAAGGUCGUUCAGUGCAUUCAUCGGAGGACAGGAGAGAAAUUUGCUCUCAAGGUCCUUCAUGAUAAUCCCAAGUCUCGACGUGAAGUAGAGCUGCACUGGCGUGCAAGUGGAUGUCGUCACAUUGUGGCCAUACGUGAUGUGUACGAGAACACCUACGCGGGCUCCAAUUGCCUCUUGGUCGUGAUGGAAUGCAUGGAGGGUGGUGAACUCUUCCAACGUAUUCAAGAUCGUCAGGAUAGCCCCUUUACGGAGCGCGAAGCUGCCCAGAUUAUGCAUGAGAUUUGCAUUGCUGUCCACCAUUUGCACAGCAUGGACAUCGCCCAUCGGGAUUUGAAGCCCGAAAAUCUCCUGUACACCGCCCCCAAGCCAGGUGGGGUACUCAAAUUAACGGACUUUGGCUUUGCCAAGGAGACUUCCGUCAAGGAUACACUGCAGACCCCCUGCUACACGCCCUACUACGUUGCUCCCGAAGUUCUGGGACCCGAGAAGUAUGAUAAGAGCUGCGACAUUUGGUCUCUUGGGGUCAUUAUGUACAUUCUACUGUGUGGCUUCCCACCAUUCUACAGUAGCAACGGCCUAGCCAUUUCGCCGGGCAUGAAGAAACGAAUACGGACGGGCCAGUAUGAAUUCCCAAGUCCGGAAUGGUCCAAUGUAAGCCAGGCAGCAAAGGAUUUAAUCCGUGCCAUGCUCAAUGUUGAUCCCGUGCACAGGCUCACCAUUGAGCAGGUGAUCAAGAAUACCUGGGUGGCACAGUACACGGAAGUACCACAGACCCCCCUCCACACGGGACGCGUGCUUAAUGAGAGCGAAGAACAAUGGCCAGAGGUGCAGGAAGAGAUGACAAGAUCCCUUGCCACCAUGCGUGUUGACUACGAUCAAAUGAAGAUUAAAUCCCUGGACACAUCCAGCAAUCCGCUCCUGAACAAACGACGCCAGAAGGACAUUGUACCGAAGGUCGUGAAGUAAACAAAGGCCUACAACAACACAUACCCUCCCUCAGCUUCCUAGAGGCUACAAUGCGGACAUAAAACAUGCCAGGCCUUCCAUUUUAUGUAAAAUGUUUAAACUUUAGAAUUUUGAGGAAUGAUCAAUAAUAAAAACGGGCAUAAAUGUUGAUUAAAUCUA